AUGUCAGAUGUAAGUAAGCUAAGAACUUAUAAAUAAAGAACUUCUGUUCAAUAGAAGACUUAAAAAUUGAAUUCUGAAAGACGAUCUCUGAAUACAGAUUUGAAUAAUUAUUUACCCAAACAACCUACUUGGACAUAAAAGUGUAUUAAAAAUGCUAAAAGAUGUUCAAUCAAUGAUUCCAAUGAAUAAGACAAGAGAGGAUCCAUGAGCACUGUAGCAACAUUAACAACAAUGAGCACUGACUUUUAAGUAUAGGAUGAUGAUCCAAUAGAAGAAAUGAGUUCUUCAAGUGAUGAAUCUUAGCAUAAGAUGAAAUUCAAAACAGAAAUGUGUAAAAAUUGGAGUCUUGUUGGUAAAUGCAAUUAUAGUAAUAAAUGCUAAUUUGCUCAUGGCGAAAAUGAGAAGAUGAGUAGACAAUCCAAUACUAAAUACAAGUCUAAAUUAUGUAGAUCUUUUCAUUAAGAAUAUGUAUGCUUUUAUGGAGCUCGAUGUUAAUUUAUUCAUGAGAGCAGAAGCGUAGAACAAAUUAAGAGAGACUACAAAUCAUAAACAGUUUUCUAUUAGCCUAGUUCGUUAUAAUUCAGAUUGAAAUCUCUUCAAUCAAUAACAAGUGAUUGGAAAUAAUAAAUUCCACUCCAAGAAUGCCUCAAAUUGUGGAUGACAAAAUUAUUAAUUUAAAUCAAUCUUUCUUCAAGUAGUGAAUGA